CUGAUUUGGGGUUGGUUCUUUUUCUUUUUUUCUUUUUUUUUUCACUCUACUAUGGCAUUUUAAAAUUCCCAGACUUCCCAGAGAAGGCAUCAUCCUUCCUAUUUUUGUUCUGUGACAAAAUGAGGUAAAAGUUCCCAAUAACUGGCAGAGGAACGGACUCUUGAGAAAUUAACCCUGUUGUAAGCUGGGGCGGCUCUGUGGAGUCCAGUAUAUGCGUAUUCUUCCAUCGGUUAAACCAUCAUCCUUUCCCCAGUCAUCAGUGACGAACCUCUGGCAUGGCGGCGGCCAAGCUUCUGCAUGACUCUGGCCUGAAUGUGGUUGUUCUGGAAGCCCGGGACCGGGUGGGAGGCAGGACUUACACCAUCAGGAACCAAAAGGUUAAGUACGUGGACCUUGGAGGAUCUUACGUUGGGCCAACUCAGAAUCGUAUUUUAAGAUUAGCCAAGGAGCUAGGAUUGGAGACCUACAAAGUGAAUGAGGUAGAGCGUCUCAUCCACCAUGUAAAGGGCAAAUCAUACCCCUUCAGCGGCCCCUUCCCACCUGUGUGGAACCCAAUUGUGUACCUGGAUCAUAACAACCUCUGGAGGACAAUGGAUGCCAUGGGGCGAGAGAUACCCAGUGACGCCCCGUGGAAGGCACCCCUUGCGGAGGAGUGGGACCACAUGACAAUGAAGGAGCUGUUGGACAAGAUCUGCUGGACAGAAUCUGCCAAGCAGCUGGCCACUCUCUUUGUGAACCUGUGUGUCACUGCAGAGACUCAUGAGGUCUCUGCGCUCUGGUUCCUGUGGUAUGUGAAGCAGUGUGGGGGCACAACCAGGAUCAUCUCCACAACCAAUGGAGGGCAGGAGAGGAAAUUUGUGGGCGGAUCUGGACAAGUGAGUGAGCGAAUAAUGGACCUCCUUGGAGACCAAGUGAAGCUGGAGAGGCCCGUGACCCACAUUGACCAGACUGGAGAAAAUGUCCUUGUGGAGACCCUCAACCAUGAGGUGUAUGAGGCUAAGUAUGUGAUUAGCGCUGUUCCUCCUGUUCUGGGCAUGAAGAUUCAUUUCGAUCCCCCCCUGCCAAUGAUGAGAAACCAGCUGAUCACUCGUGUGCCUUUGGGUUCAGUCAUCAAGUGUAUGGUUUAUUAUAAGGAGCCUUUCUGGAGGAAGAAGGAUUACUGUGGAACCAUGAUUAUUGAAGGAGAGGAAGCUCCAAUUGCCUACACGUUGGAUGAUACCAAACCCGAUGGCAGCUAUGCCGCCAUAAUGGGAUUUAUCCUUGCCCACAAAGCCAGAAAACUGGCACGUCUUACCAAAGAGGAAAGGUUGAAGAAACUGUGUGAGCUCUAUGCAAAAGUUCUGGGCUCCCAAGAAGCUUUGCAACCCGUGCACUAUGAAGAGAAGAACUGGUGUGAGGAACAGUACUCCGGGGGCUGCUACACCACCUAUUUCCCCCCUGGGAUCAUGACUCAAUAUGGAAGGGUUCUACGACAGCCCGUGGGCAAGAUUUAUUUCGCUGGCACUGAGACAGCCACGCACUGGAGUGGUUACAUGGAGGGGGCCGUGGAAGCUGGGGAGAGAGCAGCCCGGGAGAUCCUGCAUGCCAUGGGGAAGAUCCCUGAGGAUGAAAUCUGGCAGUCAGAACCAGAGUCGGUGGAUGUCCCUGCACAGCCCAUCACCACGACCUUCUUGGAGAGAAAUUUGCCCUCCGUGCCAGGCCUGCUGAAGCUCAUUGGGUUGACCGCCAUCUUUUCAGCAACCGCCCUUGGCUUCCUGGCCCACAAAAGGGGUCUACUGCUGCGGGUCUAACCAGUGUGUGGGUUUGGGGCAGGGGUUGUAGUGAGGUUCCAAAAAGACAUAAAGACUGUAGAAUGACGUGGCUCGGAGCAUGAAGAUAAGUCAAACUUCCGACCAUAAGAAACACGGUAUGUCCAUUUCCAGUGGACCCCUGCAUAUACUCCCUUACCUGGCUUCAUGCUCUUUCUUGCCCAUUUCCAAGUUUACUGCGCUCAGAAUCUUUCUAGUAGUUAAACAGGCUUCUUAAAAUCCUCACUGUGCCACGACGCACCUUGCCCAUGCACAAAAAAAACCUACUUUUUUCCCCAUCUCUGUGGCUUUGUGCUGGUCCUUUCUCUUAGGUGUAACAUCCUUGUAC